AUGACUAAUAAUUUUAUUUCAUUUUCUAAAAAAUUUACUUAUAAUGUUUGUUUAAAUAAUAAAUAUUUUAUUAGACAAUUAUAUACGCAGGGUCAAUCUCCGAAACCUAACGUUCGAGAAUAUUUUUAUUACAUCGACCAUCAAGGUAUGCUGUUUUUAGAUGAUGCAAAAAUAAAAAAUUUCACAUCAUGUUUUAAAGAAAAAAAAUUUUUGGUAUUUUUUUUUAAAAGACUUCGCUUUAAUGAAAGUGGUAGAUAUGAAAAAGAAUUUCCAUACUUAUCGCCAUGUGGUAGAGAAACAAAUUAUGUCAGAUGUGAUGAUGUUCCACUUGUUUUUACCCACAUAAUACCUGAUCCGAAUGAUUCGAAACAGUACAGGUUCUGUUAUGCUCAUACAGGCGAUGAGCUUUUUCUUAAAUUCGAACCGGAAAAAAUGAUUAUGUUACCUCAAACUGGAAGGGUUUAUCAUCCGGCUCCCAAACAAGUAGGUGGUAUAGGCUUAGUUAAAUCAUCAUUAGCAAUUGAAUUAAGCAAAAAUUUUACUUUCGGUGAUUCUGAAGAAAAACCUCCGACACAUUUUAUGUGGGAUGGCACUAAUUACAAACUUAUUAAAUGGUAUGAUUCAUUAUUAGAAAACAAUACCAUAAGUAAAAUUAUUUAA